GCUUGUAAAUCUGUUGUAGUCGCUUCCUGUCUUGGGUGGUGGCUUCAAACUUUCUUACUCGACUUCAUUCCUGUGUGUGGGAAUGAAAGAAGGAAGAAAAGUAGUUGUAUAAAAGCCUCACAUUGUGCAGCUGAAUAAGUGUUGCUUUAAACAGCGUCGUUUAUUUGACUAAUCUUGGUACAUUUUGUGCGGAGGGAGAGUGAAUAUCGAGUUAAAGUCAUGCAGGCCAUCAAGUGUGUGGUCGUCGGGGACGGAGCUGUGGGUAAAACAUGCCUGCUGAUCAGUUACACAACCAAUGCCUUUCCUGGAGAAUACAUCCCCACAGUAUUUGACAAUUACUCUGCAAAUGUGAUGGUGGAUGGGAAACCAGUGAAUCUGGGUCUCUGGGAUACAGCAGGACAGGAGGAUUAUGACAGACUUCGUCCCCUGUCGUAUCCACAGACGGACGUGUUUCUCAUCUGCUUCUCCCUUGUGAGCCCUGCCUCUUUCGAGAAUGUUCGUGCAAAGUGGUAUCCAGAAGUGAGACACCACUGUCCAAACACUCCAAUCAUCCUGGUAGGAACCAAGCUUGAUCUGAGAGAUGAUAAGGACACUAUUGAGAAACUGAAGGAGAAGAAGCUCACUCCCAUCACCUACCCUCAGGGCCUGGCCAUGGCCAAAGAGAUCGGGGCUGUUAAGUAUCUGGAGUGCUCUGCGCUCACACAGCGUGGCCUUAAGACGGUGUUUGACGAGGCCAUCCGGGCCGUGCUCUGCCCUCCCCCUGUCAAGAAGAGAAAGAGGAAGUGCCUGCUGCUCUAGAGUUCUGAGGAAAGAUUGCUGUGAUCCAAACUGUAUUUCUAAGGGGAGAAGUUAGAAAUGAGACCAUGUUUUCAUUUUUCACUUCCUCCGUUGUAAUUACCAGUACAACUUUAUACCUUCACAAAACUUUUAUCAAUAUUAUCAAUAGAUGUAGUAAAAAAAAUUGAUCCCAAACCCAUCUUCCUUAGACAAAUGCAUACUAUUGGACGACCUGCGGCCUUUGACUAAUGGAUAUUAACUUUUAGAUGGUUAACAGUGUCCUAAAGUUGGUUCUUUCCAUUGAGAACCCCGCAAUGUUUGUUUACAGUCUUUGUUUGAAAGAAAUUAAGAUCUUGCCAAAUAGCACUACAUUAGGAUGGGGCAGCCCUCCGUACACCACAUUUGUUGCUUUUUACUCACUAAAGGUCUACAACCAUUUGGCAAACAGAGCUAAUUGUCAGCUACAGUGAUGCAAAUGAGAUGACUUGUGGUUUAACACAUUUUUUUUUUUGAAGAGAUAUAGUGAAGUCAGCUUACCUCACACCUGAAACAUGAGGUUCUGUUAAUGGAAGGAUGAGGUGUCUGAAUGGAUUUUUAAACUUCUAUUUGCCAUUUGUUUUGGGGUUAUAUUGUCAUUUAAGGCCACACUAAGUAUGCAUGGAAACAUGUCCAAGCCACAUUUCGCUCCUAAAUUUUAGAAAACAUAUUUUGCGUUAAAAAAUAAAGCCUGUUUUGAGGACCAUGUGUGAUAAAGUAUUUUACAGUAAUGAAAACUUUGAUUAGCAAAAAUGGGUUUAAUUAUAAUUGCAUGUCAUAAUAUACCACAGUGCAAAGAUAUAUGAGCCAAAAAAAUAGGCUGCAUUUUGUGUAAUCAAAGUAUAAUUUCCAUUUUUCUUUUGAGGUGAAACAUGGCGAGGAAAUGUUUUGUUGGUCCCAGUAUGUCAAGAGGUCUCAGAAUGCAUCUAUUUCCAAAUAGAUUCAGUCCCCAAAUAUCAGCAUCCUGCUUGUAAAAUAUCUAUUGGAUCACAUGGGACAUUUAGUGUCAAUCUUAAUUUAGCGGUAUAUGAACACCUUGAUGCUCUUUGGCAUUUAUAAUACACCCUCUACAGCCAUAUAUAUAAUUUUUUUUUUUUUAACACUUUUAGAAACUUUAUUCUUUUUGACACUUUAUAUUUGCUAAUGUUACAAAAAGCAACAUACUACUGUCAGCGCGUACACUACAGGAA